GCUCUCUUCCCUCCUGCUUCCUCACUGUGGUGGCUGGGCUAUUUCUCCCAUGACUCUCUGCGUCUAGACCUGGCUGUCCCGUGCCUUUGCCAAUCAAACCUGAACUUCCUCCUCUAACAGUGCGGAGGGGCUGCUGCCCUUCUGGGUCACUUUUCUUCCCCUCACCUUGACACCAAGCCACCUCCGCUUGUGCCUACCUGUGCCCCCUGCCCUGCCCGUCCUGGGCACCCAUCACCCAUGGACGACUCAGAAGUGGAGUCGACCGCCAGCAUCCUUGCCUCUGUCAAGGAGCAGGAGGCACAGUUCGAGAAGCUGACCCGGGCGCUCGAGGAGGAACGGCGCCAUGUCUCAGCCCAACUGGAAAGAGUCCGGGUCUCCCCACAGGACACCGGCCCGGGCUUGGCCAACGGCACGCUCACCCGGCGGCAUCAGAACGGCCGUUUCUUGGGCGAUGCUGACCUGGAAAGGCAGAAAUACCCAGAUCUGAAGCUCAACGGGCCUCAGGACCACAGCCACCUUUUGUACAGCACAAUCCCCAGGAUGCAGGACCCGGGCCAGAUCGUGGAGGAGACAUACACCAUGGAGGAGGACCCGGAAGGGGCCAUGUCGGUUGUGUCUGUGGAGACAUCAGACGAUGGGACGACUCGGCGUACAGAGACCACGGUGAAGAAAGUGGUGAAGACAGUGACCACCCGGACGGUGCAGCAGGUGCCAGUGGGGCCUGAUGGGUUACCUUUGGAAACCUCCCCCGUCACCAGCAACUAUGUCCAGACCAUGGACAGGAACUUCCGCAAGAACGGCAACGGGGGCCCUGGCUAUGGCAGCCUGUCUCGUGUCACCCGCAUUGAUGAGCGCUACCGCCCCUCCAUGGACACCUACCGGGCCCCCAGCCGUCAGGACAUCUAUGGCCCUCAGCCUCAAGUACGUGUUGGGGGCAGCAACAUGGACCUCAACCAUUUCCACCCUGAGCCAUACGGCCUGGAGGAUGACCAGCGCAGCGUGGGAUUUGAAGAUGUGGACUACGGGCUUAUGUCUGACUACGGCACGGCCAGGCGGGCAGGGACCCCGUCUGAUCCUCGGCGGCGGCUCAGGAGUUAUGAAGAUAUGCUGGUGGAUGAAGUGGCCCCUGACCGGUACUACUGGGCCCCUCUGGCUCAGCAUGAGCGGGGUAGCUUGGCUAGUCUGGACAGCCUGCGGAAGGGAGGUCCGGCCCCAGGUAACUGGCGCCAGCCAGAGCUGCCGGAGGUAAUAGCCAUGCUGAGCUUCCGGCUCGACGCCGUCAAGUCCAAUGCGGCCGCCUACCUGCAGCACCUCUGCUAUCGUAACGACAAGGUGAAGACGGAGGUGCGCAAGCUCAAGGGCCUUCCUGUGCUGGUGGGAUUGCUAGACCAUCCCAAGAAAGAGGUGCACUAUGGUGCCUGUGGAGCCCUCAAGAACAUCUCCUUUGGCAAGGACCAAGACAAUAAGAUUGCCAUCAAGAACUGCGAUGGGGUACCUGCUCUGGUGCGCCUGUUGCGGAAGGCCCAUGACAUGGACCUCACAGAGGUCAUCACAGGAACACUGUGGAACCUGUCCUCGCACGACUCCAUCAAGAUGGCCAUUGUGGAUCAUGCACUACACGCUCUGACCGAUGAGGUGGUUAUUCCCCGUUCAGGCUGGGAGCGGGAACCCAAUGAGGACUCGAAACCCCGCCAUAUCGAGUGGGAGUCGGUGCUCACCAAUACUGCUGGCUGCCUUAGGAAUGUGAGCUCUGAGCGGAGCGAGGCCCGUCGGAAGCUGCGGGAAUGUGACGGGCUGGUGGAUGCCCUGAUCUACAUUGUCCAGUCUGAGAUUGGCCAGAAGGACUCAGACAGCAAGCUGGUGGAGAACUGUGUGUGCCUGCUGAGAAACUUGUCCUACCAAGUUCACCGAGAGAUUCCCCAUGCCGAGCGCUACCAGGAGACACCUCUGGCCCCUGCCACCAAUGCUGGACCCCACGCUGCGAGCUGCUUUGGUGCCAAGAAGGGCAAAGACGAAUGGUUCUCCAGAGGUAAAAAGCUCCCAGAAGACCCUGGUGCUGAAACAGUGGAUUUUCCCAGAAGAACAACUCCAGCCAAAGGCUACGAGCUCCUCUUCCAGCCAGAAGUGGUCCGGAUAUACAUCUCCCUCCUAAAGGAGAGCAAGACUCCAGCCAUCCUGGAGGCUUCGGCAGGCGCCAUUCAGAACCUGUGUGCUGGCAGCUGGACGUACGGCCGGUGCAUCCGCUCGGCGCUGCGCCAGGAGAAGGGGCUCUCUGCCAUCGCUGACCUCCUGAGCCACGACAGCGAGCGAGUGGUGAAAGCGGCAUCCGGAGCCCUGCGCAACCUGGCUGUCGACUUACGCAACAAAGAGCUGAUAGGCAAACAUGCCAUCCCCAACCUAGUGAAGAACCUGCCUGGAGGCCAGCAGACCCCAGCCAAAAACCUCUCCGAGGACACAGUGGUCUCAGUUCUUAACACCAUCAAUGAAGUAAUUGUAGACAACCUUGAAGCUGCCAAGAAGCUGCGGGAAACGCAGGGGAUUGAGAAGUUGGUGCUGAUCAACAAAUCUGGGAACCGCUCAGAGAGAGAAGUCCGAGCAGCUGCCCUUGUCUUGCAAACAGUCUGGGGAUAUAAAGAGCUGCGGAAGCCCCUUGAGAAGGAAGGCUGGAAGAAGUCAGACUUCCAGGUGAACCUGAGCAACGCCUCUCGGAGCCAGGGAGGCAACUCGUUUGAUGACAGCACCUUGCCUCUCAUCGACAGGAACCAAAAAACAGACAAGAAAUCCUCCCGGGAGGAGAUCCCAAUGAGCAACAUGGGACCAGACAACUAUUCCACACUCAAUGAGAGGGACCACAGCAGGACACUGGACCGAUCUGGUGACCCUGGAGAUGUGGAGCCAGUGAAGGCAGCACCGUUGAUGCAGGAGGAGGGGCAGGAAUCGCAGCCUGAGUUAGAGGACAUGGAGGAUGCUGCUGCCAUGUUUUCCCCUGUGUCGCAGAAGAUCUAG